CAUUGUUAUCCAGAGCGUUGGUGACUCUAACUGUGCUGCUGGCAACAAUUUAAUUACGCUUUUUUGCCAAGGUUUACUGACACGGCAUAUUCAACAGGGUGUUGAGCGUUCGUAAAUUCAUCAGUUAUUCUGCGCUCUGGCACACUCAGACGAGAGCGCUCUGAAAUCGGAGUAGAUAGCCAGAGCAAAUUUAACAACGCACCCCAUGGAUUUCCGAGUUGGAUGACCUUCUAAACGAUUUUUUUCACAGUAGGAGCUCGUUUUUGUUCGAUUUCCAGUUGUCUGGAAUGCACUGAAGUCGGAACUCGGGGAGAUGUCAUUAAUGAUUCUAGGAAAAUGUCAUCAUUAUUUUUGUUAUUAACUAAAAAGCUAAAUAUGAUUUAAUCUUGUUGUAACAAAUACAUAAGAUACAUUUUCAAUUCAAGGAACCAAUUUACGCCUGGAGGUAAAUUGUUUUGGAACAUGUUUGUUCCUGACGCGGCAUCAUACAUCAGUGGGAGAGACUUGGAAUUAUGACGUGCUCUGUGACGUUUUUUUUUGCUACCAGGAAACGAAUGUAAACAUAGCAAUCGGAAUAGAAACGCAAAUGCAUUCGCAUAAUUCYACAAAAGAUCUUCGAUGCUGGGUGCUAAAUACGAUUUUGCAGCACGGGGCGAAAUGUGGUUAGCUGGAAUAUAUGAUUGCCAAUUCUAGAAGAGGUUAUUAAACGCAGUAGCUAGGACUGAGGCAGGCUAAUCGCUCGAUAAACCGACACACAUCCACUUCGGGGUGCAGAGAAUUUGCAACAAGCUGAUGACAUGUCGGCAGACAGUUCUUCUGCCAACCAGGAAGAACCUAAUGCUGUUGUUGGAAACAUAUUGGYGCAGUUCACAUAGGUCCAGGCAUGUUUGCCAUAAGGGCACCUGAGGAGGAGUCCUYAGAGAUGGUGGAGGAGAUGGACACGUCAGAGGCUGUCUGGUGCUGGUAUUACCUAGCYGAAUGUGGAGUGUGGCACAUGUUUGAGAUUGAUCCAAGUGCUGCAUGCUCUGUGACCAGUGAGCAGAUAGAACAGAAUUACAGCAGGAAUCAACACGGUGUCAUGGAGUUUUACACCGCCAAGUACACCUACAGACUGGACUUCUCAGUCAUGAAGCAGAUCAAUGUCACAACCGGGAAACAACGGCCAAUCAAACGGGCGUUCCACUCUGCCACUGGCUUUAGGUUCAUUUGUGAUAAUCUGGCCCUGCCGGUGCCCUGCCACUGGGAGAGAUAAAUACAGACGAGCCUUAUCAGGUAAGGGAAAAGGAUAGUGUGUGGACAAUAUGCUGUUGUAUCUACCU